AAAUUACAAAAAGACGACUUUUUUGUCGAGAAUUUAAGAUAAGCCUCAGCAAAGUAGCUAAAGAUGGAGUUACACAAGCGCAAGCGGUGCGCGAAUUUUAAUAAAUUAAAACUAGUUCAAUGGUGAAAAAUAAAUAAAAGCUGUAGAAAGUUCCUUAUAAAUAAUAAAUUGUCGCUUAAAAUGCGUAGAAUGUAAAUUGAAGAGUAGAAUUCGAAGAAGGUUGAAAAGAACGCAAAGCUUUGACGCGAAAACGCGUAGUGUGGACCUUCAGCUUAAGAAGAAUGUCUGGCAACAUUGCCGGAUUAUUUUCUUCAAACUGUCAUUUCAUUGUUGAGAAAAAUUUUAGAUUCGUGUUGGAAUAAUUAAAUUUGUAAAACUCUUAAAAGUUCAUUAAUAAAAUAUCGAAAAAAGCCUGUAAAUUUGUAAAAAUUUUAAACAUGAAAAUUUUGUAACAAGUUGAUCGCUUAAUAUAAUGUAAGCAAGCGUUGAAAGCCAAAUAAAAUGUUUGGUUUUUUAUGGCUGCGCUCAUAUGAGGAAUAGAAAAAAGUAGGGAAACAAAGAAAAUAUUAAACAAAUUUCAUUGGGAAAACUAAAUAAAUAAAAAAGUAUGUUAAAAAUUAAUACUAAGAAGAAAAGGUAGACAUUUGAAAUUAUUCAAAAGUAAAAAAUAAAAUAAAAUAUUUUUCCGAAAACGAUAAAGACGUAUUUACCGUUGAAAUAUUAAAACAAAAGUGAUUCAUCGUUAUCAGAGUUACUACAUAUUUACACUCCUCCCGUCUCCCGAUAUAUAUUAUGAACAACUUCUCCAUCAUUGGUGUUUGUUGCACUUGUUUCGUCGUAUGCGAGUGAAUUAUAUUUUGCUGAUUAUUUUUGUGAUUUCGUGAUUUCUUCAUUCUCAUAUACGAGAAACACUACCUCCGGCAGCUGAUACAUUUAAUACAUUGAAAUGAUUAAGUGAAUGGUCUCGAUCAGCAGCUUCAUUUUCACUUUAUUUACAUUUUGUUAAACGGAGGCAAAUUUUAUAAGAUGGAUUUGGUAGAUAUAGAUCAGGUUUUGGACAACUUGGAGUUACACGAAGAGGCUGAAAAUGAACAGAGAAAGGCAGAGGAAAAACUUUCUAAAAGUACUCAACCCUCCAAGUCGUCUACUAGUACAAACAAUGGCUAUCUGCAGCAAACACAAGAAGAAAAAUCCUGUUUUAAAGCAGUUUCUCAGGUUUUCAAUAGUCUGGAUGACUACUGCAGAAAUGUAGAGUCCUUGGAUUCUAAUCUUUCAAAUGCAACUGUUUCCGAAAUAUGUCAGAGAUCUCAUGAUGAUUAUGACAAUGGUCAAAGAUUUCAACCCCAACAUUUGGCCAGCUCUUCUAAGCAGGAAUUAGCUGAGUAUGAAAAUGAAGUGGAAGAAAGUAAAGAUAUUCAUAAAUUCACAGAGCAAAGACGUCAUAAGCUAAAAGCUGAUAAUGAAUCUGCAGAACGGGAUACUACUGAUUCUAAUAAUUCAUUUACUUCGGAAUCUUUGACGACAUCCUCGAAUUCAACCUUCUCUUCGGGACCUUCUUUUGAAGUAGAGUCAUCUUUGGAAGAGGCCAUUCCUGCAACCAAUUCAAAAGAAAAUAAAUCUAUUGACGCAGAAAUUGAAAGUUCUCACUUAAGUAAAGUGGAAGAUAUUGAUACAAUUCCAACCAAAGAACCCCAGGAAACAGCAAAAGGUAAUCAAAGAGAGGAACUAGACGAGCGCAAAGAAGAACAUUUACUAGAAACUACAGAUACGCAGCAAAAAAUUGUAGUUGAGGAUAACAAGAGUCACAACAUUGAAGAUCUGGCACAAGGUUUAUCGUCGAUUUCUAUAACUAGUGUUAAUUUUCAGUCACAAUCGAUAUUGCCUUUAGAGACUUCGAUAUCAUCAUCGUCGUUAGGCAAAGUCUUAGAUAAUCUUACGGAUUCAGAAGAUACUUCAGCCCUCAGCCAAAUAAGGGAUAUAUCCGACAAAGUGGCUACGUCAGAAACUAAACUAACUUCAAUUGUUUCCGAACCACCCAAUACAUCAGUAGAAGUUGUUAAUGAAUCUAUACAGCAGCCGCAAAGUACACGUUUACAUCAAAUAGACCAGCUCCAUCCGCAAAUUGCUGGAAAUCAGCCACAACCAUUUGAAUAUGUUCCCGAAAAAAUGGAGGCUCAAAUGCAAAUCCAGCAACCCAUAACGUUUUGCUCUACUAUGGAUGAUAUUUCAGAUACAGAAUUGGAUUCAAUGUUGCAGGAAAUGGACAUCGAUGAAGAGGGAGCAGACGACCAACAAAAGUCUAAGCCAGAAUUCGUUCCAAUCGCAAACUCUGCUGAAACAGAGCAUUUGGAAAUUCAAAACAGUGAAAAUAAAGAGCAAGACGCUGAUGCAAAGUUCGAACAAAAAGAAGAAGUCGCAUCAGUAUCCAGCUCAGGGGAUCAUCCUAAUGGCGACAGUUUUUCUCAAGCUUCAACAGUAGAGUUUUCUGAAAUAAGGCCCCAGAUAGAAAAUGAAAACGAUGUGGCCGAAUCAGAAAACAAUAUGGUGAUAAAUUCGGCAGUUUCGUCGUACAGUAACAGCGAAUCUUCUUCAUUGGAGGGCGAUAUAAUUCGUCCAAAAAACUUAGAAGUAGAAGAUGACGAGGACGGAAAUAGACCUCAAAGGCCGACCUCACUGGAUUUGCCAGCUAUACAAGCUCUAGACUUGUAUGCAAAUGCUGGACAAACUCCGCCGGGUAGUGAGCAACAACAACAACAGCAACCGGAGCAAGAACAAGGGCAGACGGAGUUACAGACUCCUUCACCUGACGUUGAACCACAGGAAAACCCAAUAACAAGUGAUGUGGCCGAAGCGACUGGAUACAGUGAGGAUCCGAAUGCAAAUUUAGGCAAAGUUCCUCCAAUAUGGGUUCCCGAUAACAUGGCAACAGGUUGUAUGCAAUGUUCAGCUAAAUUUACUAUGAUUAAACGUAGACAUCAUUGUCGCGCAUGCGGCAAAGUUCUGUGCUCAGUCUGUUGCUCUCAGAAAUUCAAGUUGGAAUUUCUCACCGAACCGGAGUCUAGAGUCUGUGUACAAUGUUAUCUAAUUCUGACCCAAAGACAAACACAAAGUGUGAUAAAUUCGAGUAUAAAUGAGCCGACAUCUUCUAACCUUACACAAGACACAACUGCCGUAAUAAACGACAACGUCGCUCCAGCAGCUCGUUCUCCUAAUCCCAAUAAUCCGAUGGAGUAUUGUUCUACUAUUCCGCCGUAUCGACAAGUCAGCACCGAACCCAAAACACCACCCAGUGUCAUUGUCCCUGUAGGAGUACUGAAGAAAGAUAACGGAAGUUAUUCAUCAAAUUCCUCUAACUCCAGCGGCCAAAAAGCACGCAAACGCAAAUCUGUUAUGUUUAGCGAUGGUAUAGCACCGGGUAGUGAUCUGGCUAGCAUAGAUCAGUGGAAUGAACCCAAACAACCGCGACGACAAAGUGACCGUUCAAAUAGAAACUCAAACGGUAACAAUAAACCACCAACACCUGCGCGCUCCGAACAUAUAACGGACGCCACUACAAUGGGUCUGGUAGCCCAGUUAUUUAGAGGUUCAAUACCACCUUCGGCAGCUGCAGCCACAGUAAAUACCGUGCAAUCAAAUUCAAAUACGAAUACUUCAAAAGGAACAGUAUCGAAACAAAGCACUUCUUCAACAAAUAAUAAUAGUACAUCAACUGCAAUUUCAAAAAAUCAGGACAACAGUCGUGCCAAACGUUUGCCACCAUCGGGAUGUGAUGACCAUGGCUGCUUUAUACCUGCGACCGAGGGAACUUUACCACCCAUUGUGAUUGCAAAAGAUGAAAGUGGUUGUGACUACGACUACAAGGAUGUGGCCAAUAAUUAUGAUUUAGUAAAGCGUUUACAAAACGAAACUCUUAAGUUUGCAGUGCAAAAAAAUUUCUUUGUUUUUGUUAAAAUCGUCAAUUUGAAAUGUUGUUUAAACCGUACAGUCAUUAAUUUCACUACCAAUGGUAUGCAUCAUGUUGGCAACGAUGAGAUUGUCAUUUUAUUGGAGUUUGAACCACCAGCCUCGAAAGAAGAUGUUUCAGUUGGCAACCUAAUUCCUAAAGACAUUUUUGUCCAUUUAAAUGAAAUUUAUAACAACGCCGAAUCUGGAAAUCCUAUCCAAGAUUUAACUCACACCAGUCCCCAACAACCUAAUUUCCUAGGAUCUCGAGAUUAUGGGGGUUUUAUAUUUAUACGACCGACUUUUCAAUGUAUGCAGGACAUUAUUCUACCAGACAAUCCAUAUUUAAUCGGAAUACUGAUACAUCGUUAUGAAGUUCCAUGGGCCAAAGUAUUUCCUUUACGUUUAAUGCUACGAUUGGGUGCCCAAUAUCGUUACUAUCCCUGUCCACAUGUGUCGAUGGUAAAUAGGGAUUCCGUUUAUGCUGAAAUCGCACAGACAAUUAUAAACUUUUUGGCAGAUUUUCGCAAUUACUCAUACACAUUGCCAUUUAUUAGAGGAAUGUACAUUCACAUGGAAGAUCGUCAAACUACGGUUGUGAUACCAAGAAACCGUUUAGAAGACGUUAUUAAGGCUAUUAAUAAUUCCAGCGAUCAUAUUUUGGCUUUUGGAGGAAAUUUUUCAAAGACAGCCGAUGGUCAUUUAGUAUGCAUGCAGAAUGUAAACGAUGAUCGCACUGAAAUGUAUGCAUAUUCUACGCAAGCUAUCAAUAUACAAGGACAGCCCAGAAAAGUUACCGGUGCAAGUUUUUUUGUUCUGAAUGAAUCAUUGAAAACCACAAGCGGCUUAUCUGGAAAAUGUAGUAUUGUAGAAGACGGUUUAAUGGUACAGAUUUUACCUUCAAAAAUGGAAGAAGUACGCAACUCGUUAAAAAAUCAAACUGAUGUUACCAUCAUUUGUGGCCCUGUAGAUGCCGAUGAACAACACACGGAAAUUGUUUGCCUCAAAUGGGUAGACAAUGAUAAAGAAUUUAAUAUCGGAGUGAAAUCGCCAAUAGAUGAUCGGCUAAUGGAUGGCAUAUCAAGUAUGCGGGUUCAUGCCAGUUUUAAUUAUUCCAAUUCAAAUUAUGCCAUUCGUCUGACCGACAUUUACGUAGUUAAGUACGAUAACUGGUAUAAUACUAACUCCUCGACAAUAAGCGCAGCCACAACUACAGAUAUAACACGUAUGACUGAACAAAUUGCUCGAAGCACAUCAAUGGCCCUUGUGCCUUUUCUGGAUCUUUUAGCAGCCAGUAAGAGUACAAAAAUAGGUCUUAGAGCAACGUUACAUCAAGAUAAUUGAACAACAAGCAAAUCUUGGAACUGAACACACAACAACACCAUUUUCAACAUUUUCUGCAGUUAUAACACCAUUGAAUGCUAGUGAUGGUUUUGAAAAUCCUGGAUAUCUGCCAGAAGGAGG